AUGUCUCCGUUUCAGCUGUCCGUCUUCUGGCGUCUGUCGCUCAUCUUCUUUUUUAACUCUUUCCUCUUCUUUCUGGACAUUUUCACCACGGCGGUGGUCAAGACUAACUGUCACCAUGGCAACCUUACACACGACGCACAAACACUCGCCGGGAAAAGGGCGGAGGUGUGCAGCAGGACUCAGCUGUUGUCUUAUGGCCAAACUGCUUUCAUGGUGGGUCUCCUGCUUGGAACGCUGAUGGGCGGUCCUCUGUCCGACAGGUACGGGAGGCGCCCUGUGCUGCUGGCGUGUGUGUGCAUGCACGCCGUGUGUGGCGUGGUGCCCGCCAUUCUUCCCCAGCUAUUCCUCUUCCUCGCCAUCCGCUGUCUGACAGGCGUGUGUUGCUGCUGUAUUAACAUCUGCUCCUUCACUCUGGCUGUGGAAUGGACGGCGCCCUCCGCCCGCCUCUGGCCCCCAGCCUUUUUAGGCUUCUGCUUCAGCCUCGGGACUAUGGUGGGACCUCUGCUGGCAUGGCUGAGCCCCACCUGGACCAAGCUUCACCUGGCCCUGGCUCUUCCACAGCUCAUUUGCCUGCCACUCUACUAUUCAAUUCCAGAGUCUCCAAGCUGGUUGAUGUUGAUGAAGAGAAUAAGUGUUCUUGACCAUUACAGCAGCAAAGGUGUGGCAGACAAGCAGUGCGUGGACUUGCUUUUGGGCUCAGACUGGUUGCAGCAGCAGAAAGCUGCUGAGGCUUCCAAAGACUUCCCCCCUGGACAGGCGGCCCCCACAUGUGACCUCCACCCCCUCAGGCACCCCAGGGUUCUGCUGCGACUCUGCAUCAUGAGCUACCUCAGUGCUGCGUCUGCGCUGACGUACUUCGGCCUUUGUAUGAACAUCGGCUCUUUCGGCGUCAGCGUCUACUCGGCCCAGUUCUUCUCGGGUCUGUCAGAGACCCCAUGCCUGCUCAUCCCUUUGGUGCGUCUGGGACGGCGAGCAAUGAGCAUGCUGACGCUGUUCCUCAGUGGCGCUGCCUGCCUGCUGUCCCUCAUGCUGUCCAGAUACCAAUGGGACGCCACGCUGGUGAUGACUUUUGCACUAAUCGGCAAAUUCUGCAUCCUGGCCACCAUCUUCAUCUUGGCUCUGUACAGCAUCGAGCUGUUUCCCACGGUUGUCAGACAGCGUUGUGUGUCGCUGGUCAACUUGAGCUUCCGACUGGGCUGUCUGGUCAGCACGCUCCUGCCAUCCAGUCCCAACGGAGCCAUCUCCUUGGCGGCCAUGCUGGUAUACAGCAGCGGGCCCAUCCUGGGCUGCGGCUUGUGUCUUCUCCUACCUGAGACCAGUGGUACGCACCUUCCUGACUCGCUUGACGACUGUCGCAAGCCACCUGAAAACCCGCUCGGCGUGUGUGCCACCUAAAUAACGAGGAAGAUGCCAAAGCAAGUGGAGUGUUUGCGGCUGAACAAGACGGGAGAGAUUGCAUGAUUUUGUUAUGUGACCAAUUUUUUGUAUCAUGUCCUGAUGGGAAUCAGAAACAAUUCAAUCUAUUUAUAGACACAACAUGGACGGCCUGUGGGGGCGCUCUCUUGUCAAAGGACUAUAUACACUAUGUUGGCCACCUGUCCAAAUGAUGAGAAUCAGGUGUCCUAAUCACUAAUCACAGGUGUAUCCUAUCAUAUCUCCUGAAGGAAUCAACAAAGUACUAUCUAUGGAUCCAUCAAAACAAGCACUGAGGCAUGGAGACUGUCCCUACAAACAUUAGUGAAAGAAUGGGGCGCUCUCCUUGGUUUCCAGCAUGGAAGUGUCAUCGUCGUGAAUAUUCCAAAGUCUUGACUAAUGACCAUCAGAGGCAGCCUUUUUCCACUGAAGGCACAUGCAGGAAGUUAAGGAGUUCUUCAUUUAGACACAACAUAUUUUAUUUGUAUUUCAAAGCAGGCAUUUGACUUUCAAAACAUGAAUUGAUUCUUGCAAAGAUGAGGUGUGAUAUUUGAAGAUGCUCCACCAGGUAACAUCCAGGAAGUGGAGGUGGUCAAUAUGUGACAAAGUUUGCAGGAAAUAUGCCCACCUGCCCAUCCGCCAAUUGCCCCUCCCACCAGUCGUACUGGGACUGGGUUUUGGUAAUUACGGAGAUGCGGUCACCGGGUGCGAAGGUCAGGUCCCCAGGAUUCUGCCCCGUAAACGGGUGGACUGCAGUGACCACCAGGCUUCCACUGGCGCCGGCCUCAGGGGCGCUGGCUCCUCUUUCUGCUAAGACAAAGACAAGCAACAAUAAAGUCACGUGUCAUUUAUUCAAUAUUUCUAGAGAAGAAAAGACGUAGAAGAGCUUCCACAAGUAGGUGCUAGAGUACAACAGGAUGUAAACACACCUGAGGUUUCAGAUUUGUAGAUGGACACACUCGGGUAGAGAGAUGUUUUAUUUGCUGCAAGUGCACAAAAAGCAUAAGUUAGAACUGAUGGCAAAGACGUGAUGUUUGUGAUGUGCAGGACAGAAGUCGGCUUCUAUA